AUGGGUCCACUUCUACAUAAACAGAAGAGCCCGUCGCUCAAAAAAGCGCGUGGAUCUACUGCCAUUUUCGGAAACAAACCUGGUUUUUCAGAUCUGAAAAUGAGCAAGCCUGUGGGAUUUAGCAAGUUUCUGAAGACAUUGCAUGCAGGAAUUGUAAUUCAUAAUUGGCCUAGUCAAUGUGCACCUCUACACUACAAGAUCGUUAAUAAAAUUAUUUCAUUUGCUCAAUCCAUAUGUCUUAAUUUAAUUAUUUCAUUUGCCCCAUUCCUACCAUUAUAUGAGAAAACAGAAGAAUCCUUGGAGCGUCCUUCGUCAUUUCUCGAUCUGAGCUAUAAUGUCCGUCGUGCGGCACAAUCUGUCAAGAACGAGAAUUACGAGGCACAAGCAAACUAUGGAUUGAUUGAUGCGAUGCAUGCUAUUGUGAGACAAAAUCGAGAGGAUGAAGAACGACUACGAAUUGUUGAAGCAAGACGCAAGAUCGGAGCAUUUGUAGUUAGGAGAUUUAAUGGCGUGCAAUAUCUUGGAGAAGUUAAAGAUUAUGAUCCAAGUACCAAAUUGUACAAGGUUGAGUAUUUGAACGGGUCAUUCCAUGAGUACGUUGACGCCGAAGAAGUUGAUCGAAGUUUAGGGUGGAGAGAUCCUAUUUUAUACUACAGUAAGCCUAGGGUUCAAGAAGAGGUGCCAGUGCCUAUCGUAACUUAUCCUGUUGUGAACAAUUUUUCAAGAAUUGAAGAAGAAGAGAAAAAAGAAGAAGAAGAGGGACCAAAGAGAAAAAAACCAAAACCCUCGGGGAAAAAAAGAGGAAGGCCAGCUAAAAAACCAACUACUACUCCUUAUGUUCCUCUUUAUAAGGAGACUAAAAGGGAUGUUUACUUCUGGUACUAGGUUCUUUGGCAGAAGAUGGAGUGACAUUGCAGAAGUUGAAGCAGGAUUUAUAAUCUUUGCUUGAUUAACUUGAAUAAAUUUUCUCUUGUUUGUUGUAUUGGACUGUAAUAAUUCUUUUGCAUUUUGUCACUGAACCAUAUAUACUUGAAGUUAGCUUGAUGGUUUUAUUUUGAUGGAA